CACCAAUUAUCUCCAAAAUAUUGCUCAGGAAAAUCGAAUCAAAAUUAUUCAGAAAGUAACCUAUUCUCUUUCUUCACUCAUUCACACAACUCAAGCAAUGAGUCGCAAGCGAGACAGGCACUAUUUUUCCCGCCACGACGCGGCCUCCAAGCGCCGCCGCCCCUUGCCAGAGCCUGUGGAGGAGGAGAGACCGACGACGAGGCCUGCGCUGCCUUCCGCGGUGGUCGUGAUGGGUCUUCCUCAAGACUGCUCCGUCCUCGAUCUCAAGUCUCGCUUCGAGAUCUACGGCGCCAUCUCCCGCAUCCGCAUCGACCGCGACGCCGUUGGCUACAUUACUUACCGGUCAAAGGAAUCUGCCGACGCCGCCAUCGCCGCCGGUGUUGACCCCUCCUUUGGAAUCACUGUUAGCUCCAAAAAGGUUCAGGUUUUGUGGGCAACAGACCCUCUAGCCAUGUGGAGGGAAGGAGUUGGUAAUAGCAAGGAUAAAGGGCAUAUGUCAAAACUUGUUCGUGCUGAGGCACCUUUGAGCAAGCGUGGAAGAGGUAAUAGACUUGCUUCAGCUAUAGGGAACCCCAAACAUGGUGAAAAUAGCUCAGGUAGCCCAGUUUUAGAAGUGCCUUUCAAGGGCCGAGAAAUUGUUGCUUAUGAUGAUAUCCUCUAACUAUCAAAAUAUAGUGAUAUUGUGAAGGCAGUGGUGAUGGAAGAAUCUGAAAAAAGAGAGAAAAAAGAAGAAAAAGGAGAACAAGUUGUGUGGAGUUGGGGUGCUGGAACGGAGGGUCAAUUAGGAACAAAGAUUGUUAAGGAUGAGCUCUUCCCUCAACUCCUUCACCAACCUUCUCUCUCUUCCAUCUCUUCCCUUGCAUGUGGCGGCGCUCAUGUCAUAGCCUUGACCUUUGGUAUGCUAUAACACACUUCUUCCUCCCUCUUUUUCUCUUCCUAUUUUUUUUUAUGACGAUGAUGAUAAUCUGUAGCUGGGAAGGUAUUUUCAUGGGGUAGGGGCAAUUCGGGGCAACUGGGCCAUGGGGAGGUUGUGAGUAACGCUUUGUUUCCCAAGGCUGUGACGUCAUUGGAUGGCUACUUCAUAACCAAUGUCGCUGCUGGGUGGAGCCACUCGGGUUUUGUUUCAGAUUCUGGGUGUGUCUUCACUUGUGGGGAUGGGACGUUUGGUCAACUGGGACAUGGAGAUUAUGCCUCACACUGUUCUCCUGUGAAAUUGACAUGUUUUGGUGAUCAGCGUGUAGCGCAGGUUGCAUGUGGAAUGCGCCACUCCCUAGUCUUGUUGAAAGAUUGUGUAGGAAAUCAAGUUUAUGGAUUUGGCUUUGGGAAGCGUGGUCAGCUGGGUGUCAGCAACGAUAAGGUCAAAUCUGUUAGUGUUCCUAGAACUGUUACUGGCUUUGAAGGUGUUGAAAUCAUUGGAAUUGCUGCAAAUGGAGAUCAUAGUGCUGCAGUAUCUGUUGAUGGGCACAUUUAUACUUGGGGAAGAGGCUUCAAGGGCUUUGAAGAUGCUCACGUUCCUCAUUGCUUAAACUUUUCUUUGAAUUUUAUCAAAGUUGCUCUGGGAUGGAACCAUGCUUUAGCAUUGACUGGUGAGGGAGAGGUUUAUAUGCUAGGUGGAAACCACCUUGGAGUGCUUAGUGAUCUUCAGAACAUAAGCCCCCCAGCCAAGCAUAUACCUGAUUUAAGAGAAGUCAAUUUGAAGAAAGUCCCUGGCCUUGAUGGGAUGAAGAUUACUGAUAUUGCUACCGGAGCCGAGCAUUCUGUCAUUGUCACAGAUAAUGGAGAAAUAAAGACAUGGGGUUGGGGUGAGCACGGCCAACUUGGUUUAGGAGAUACUUGCGAUCAAAUCAGUCCUGUUACAGUAAAUCUAGGUUAUGAUCCGAAUGAAGCUGAAUCAAUUAAAGUUUUCUGUGGAAGUGGGUUCACAUUUGCUGUAACUAUGCCCUAAAUUCUCCUCAAUUAAAGUUUACAUUUACAAUCGCUUUGGCCUUGUUCUGAACUUCCGAUGAGAGUGAUAGAAAUGGUACAUUCCAAGAAAGUCUUCUGCUUAAAUUAUUUUGAGAACCUUGAAGGAAAGUGACUAUGGGUCCUCUUCUCAAUCACACAAAAAAAUAGAUGAUAUAUGUUCAAGUUUUUCCAAUUUAUGGACUUUGCUAUAACUCAUUUUUAGUCCAUUUAAU